AAUACGAUAUUAGUUAUCUAAGAAGUUAUGCUCAUUAGGAAUAGGGUAACCAUGACAGAUUCAAGAGAAAAGGGAAUCAUGGUCAUCUCGGGAGUGAGAUACAUAACCAGCGGAUAAGUUAGUUGAACAUGUGAUGACGUUAACAAAGAGAGUUAUCUAGAAAAGGCAUCUUUUAAAGAUAUCUGAUGGGAAAUGGCGAUUAUUUUGAUCUAUGAAUAAUCAUGGGGGUGUACGGUGUACCCCAAUGAGUAAAAGAGAUCUUGAGGACAAUUCCUCGGAGAAAGCCAAAAGAAGGGGAGACUCCAAGUUGAGGAACCAUCUAGAUAAAGAAAAUAAAAAAAUGGUUAGGAUUCGAAAUCUGGUAUCGUUGGAACUCAAGCUCGCAACGUCCCGGGCGAGGGCAAAGAGGCGCACCACUCCGGCCGCGUUCCCUUUUGAUAUCAAUAUACCAAGCUCACUGUGUGUUAUUGUGACGAGUCAACCUAGGAACCCAAUGAUACGAACUGAUGUAGUGGGCAAUGAAAGUUGUAAAUUGUGGGAGAUGCCGAUGUAGGAAGUGAGGAACAACUGCUCAAGUCACACUUAGGAAGUAGUUACUUUGUUAUCGGCGAAAGUUAUAAUGUGAGAAACUCGAUGAUUUUCUCAACCCCCAUUGAUGAAUGGAAGGAUUUCGGGGACGAAAUCCAUUUAAGUGGGGGAGAGUUGUAAUAUCUUGGACUAAACGAAAUGGAAUACAUUUGAAAUGGAAAAAUAAAAUUCUUCUACAAAUUUUUAACCGAGCCUCCAUGUGGUGGAAUUUGCGUCGUGGUGGACUGGAGAAGUGUUGGGAUUUUUUGGGACGAGGGUAUACGUACGAUAGCCCGAGACUGGGUGAUCAAGAUUGUGAUAGAGUCGUGAACAACGUUCACUUUCCGAAAAGAAUAUUUCCACCAUCUACAAAGCCUUGGGUUACAGGAAAUUUCUCCCGAGGAUAAAAGUAUCUCCACUUUAGGUUCUAGGCUCAAGAACUCUAAAGCAUACUUAGAAAUUUUUGGAAGAAAGAAGAAGAAUAUGUUUGAUGGUAUCUGGCAUCAUCCACCCCACACAUAUUUAUAGGGGCCGAAUCCAUGCAUUGUUUCAUGAAAGGUUGCCUUUAUCCAUACGAAAGGUUGCCUUUAUCCAUAUGAAAGGUUGCCUCUAUCCAUAUGAAAUGUUAUCCUUAUCCAUAUGAAGGGUUGCAUCUAUCCAUAAGGUUAUCCUUAUCCCUAAAAUAAUACAACCGCCACUAGGCCAAAGGGAUGUGUCCCUUCACGGAAUUAAAAUAUCGGUUCGGUCGGUCUAAUCCCAAACCAGUUGGUUGGUCCAACCCAAAACCGAUUUAGACUUGGUUAGUCCGGUUCCACCAAAUUUCCAACAAGAAGAUGUAACGAGAAGCAAUAAACCAGCACAUAAACCACUAGGCUAUCUACUAUUUGUUGGAAAAGGGAACCCCGACCCAGUGGCGGAUACAUGGGUCUUUAGGGGUGUCCCGGGAGGGAUGGGAUUAGGUGCUAACCCUUAUAGGGGUUAGCACCGUGAUAACUAGCAAAAAAUGCUACUAAAAAUAACGAAAUCACUACGGAUUAUUAUAAAAUCAAUACAACAUCUAAGCUAAAUCACUACUAAUUCAAACUAGUAGUAGUUUUUCCCUUGGUUAGGACGGUGCUAACUAUUGUACAAUUAGCACCGUAGCCGUUCCCGUCCCGGGACACCCCUAAAAUUUGGGAAAACUAUUAUCCAACCCCCGGUAGUAGUUUUGAUGGAUAAAAAAAAUUAUAAUUGGCAAUCCGGGACACCCUUAAAUUUUGAAAAACGAUAAUCCUGUCAUCGGUAGUAGUUUAUCUAUGAUUAAAAAUAUAUAAGUAGUACUCUGUGUUAUUCAAACCUAGGACACUACUAUUAUUAAACAUAUUCUCUAGGUUGCAACUCAUUUGUUGUUUUAUUUUAAACACUAUGUUAUAGUAACACUAUUCUUUAUUCCCAAUUAUUUUCAAAACCUAACAAUUAAACUCAUUCGAGCUAUCCUUAAUUUGAAUUGAUUUUAUAGGUAUAGUGCAAGAGUUGAAAGAGUCUUUCAAGUUUGAGUUACAUCAGGAACAAUGUUAGAAAUUGAAUAUGCGAUCAGUUCGAGAAUUAUUGUCUAAUAUGGUAUAUUUGCACUAAUCAGAUAUUUUUUUAUUUAUGAAUUAUUUAAUUAAAUUUAAUUUUUGGA